AUGGAUAGCAUGAAAGCUUUAUACCAAAACCAAACCAUAACCUUAACUCUCCUCUUAUCCACCACCUUCUUCUCCUACAUCUCCUGUGACUCAAACACAACAUCAAGUUUGAUCACGUCAACAUGCAACCAUACUUUGUACGUGGACGUCUGCAUGUCAUCCCUUCAAUCACAUGCAAACAGCCAAACAGCUGAUCUCCAUGGCCUUGCAUCCAUCUCCAUUAAUGUGACCAUAUCUCAAGCAAUAAAGAACAUCAACUUCAUCAAGGCCAUGAAGGAUCAACUAAUGAGUUCUCCUCAUCCUCCUCAAGAUCAUAGAUAUGUUACUAUUUGUCUUGAUGAUUGUUUGGUUGAGUAUGAAGAGGCCAUUGAUGAUCUUGAGCAAGCUCAUGAAGCUCUCAAUGAAGGUGAAUUUGGGACUAUGAAUGUUAUGGUGGCUGGAGCUAUGGCUAAUGCUAACUCUUGUGAGAAUGGGUUUGGUGAGAAGAAAGGAGUUCAGUCUCCAUUAAUGGAUUUGAAUGUGUUUUUCAUGAAGUUGUGUAGUAACUCCAUGGCCAUUUCUAACCUUCUUUCUUGA